AUGGCCGCACUGCGGGGCACGUCAACAUGGUCUUUCACCACUGCAUACGACCUGGACGUGAAUGAUCCCAGCAACGUCAAGUCCAUUGCUAGGAAGAUGACGGAAGAUCUCAUGUCGUUCUACGACGGAGACAAGCCGGGGAAAACACCCGGUCUCCUUCCCGACCCAUACUACUGGUGGGAAGCUGGUGCUAUGAUGGGUACGAUGAUCGACUACUGGUACUUCACAGGCGACGAUACCUGGAACGAUGUUGUCACCCAGGGCCUCCUCCACCAAGUCGGCAAAUUCAACGACUACAUGCCAGAGAACCAGACACGAACCGAGGGUAACGACGACCAGGGAUUCUGGGGACUUGCCGUCAUGACGGCAGCCGAGCUUAAGUUCCCCGACCCGCCCUCAGACCAACCUCAGUGGCUUGCCCUCGCUCAGGCAGUCUUUAACACACAGGCCGCUCGAUGGGAUCCGGAUCACUGCGCAGGUGGACUGAGGUGGCAGAUCUUCCAAUGGAAUAACGGAUACGACUACAAGAACACCAUCUCGCAGGCCUGCUUCUUCGCCUUGGCUGGUCGUCUCGCGCUGUACACCGGUAACUCCUCGUACGCGGAAUGGGCCGACAAGACAUGGGAUUGGAUGGUUGGCGUCAAGUUCAUCUCGGACGAUUACUAUGUAUACGAUGGCGGCCACAUCCAGUACAACUGCACGAACAUCGUACCGUAUCAAUGGACCUAUAACGCUGGCGGCAUGAUACUCGGAGCAGCAGCCAUGUACAACCACACCGGCAGCGAAGUGUGGAAGAACAGGCUCGAUGGUCUCAUGAAAGGUUCCGAUGUGUUUUUCGUUGGUCCGGAAACCAACAUCAUGCAAGAAGUGGCAUGCGAAACAGUCGAACUUUGCAACCUUGACCAGCGAUCCUUCAAGGCGUACCUCAGCCGUUGGAUGGCUGCCAUCACGAAAUGGGCGCCAUAUCUUCACGAUCGUGUCAUGGACAAACUCCGACCAUCGUCGAUCGCCGCCGCAGCUCAGUGCAAGGGUGGCUCAAACGGUCGAAUGUGUGGGCUGAAGUGGACAGAAAACGGGACCUGGGAUGGCAUGCAAGGCGUUGGAGAGCAGAUGGCCGCCCUUGAGGUCACACUCAGCAACCUCAUUGACGAGUCAAAAGCACCGGUCACUGCGGGUGGCGGCGGAACCUCUGUGGGCGAUCCAGGUGCCGGUGGUAAUGACAUUGGCCGAACAGUCCCUGCCGUCGCUGUCCUCCCGCCUCUCGGUCCCGGCGAGACGGCUGGAGCAGCAAUUUUGACCUUCAUUGUCCUUGCGUUGUUAAUUGCUGGCAUCAUCUGGAUGUUCAUGGAUGAGACGUCAGAGAAGUCUCUCCAAGAGCGGUUCUUUGAUUUCAGGUCUGCACUCCUCGGUGGUGGCGCCAUCGCAGCCUUGUCCACAAGAAGAAAGACGGAUGAUCUAAAUGAGAAGGGCAAAGGAGUUGAUCGCGAUACUUCAAGCGACGGGAGAAGUUCGCGCGACCACGGUAUUAUUACACCCUUGCCGACAAAAGCCCACGCCUUCGACGACGGGAGACAGAGGGGCAGUAUGGUGUCCCAAAUGUCGGGUGCCACAGACGUGGCGGGCAUCCCGAUGGUGAGAGAGAAGAGGCUGAGCAGAAAGAGCAGAAACCCUGCUUUGCGGAAUAGUGUGGCGUCUCAACAGUCGGCUCGGAUCGAAUAA